AUGCGCACCGCGACUCUUUCCGCCGCAGCCCUCUUGGCUGGCUCUGCUGUGGCCGCCGAGUGCUCCCAAGGUCUGCACAUUCUCGUCGGUCGCGGCACCGGAGAGCCCGCAGGCCUCGGAGAGACGGGUGCGUUGGCAAAGAACAUUAGCGACGCCAUUUCCAGUUCCAGUAUUGUCGCCAUUGAUUACCCGGCUACAUUUUCGAAGCCUAACUACGACGUGUCCGAGAGGGAAGGCUCCCAGGCAGUCUACGACCAGGUCACCAAGUACCACAAGGAUUGCCCCGGCCAUAAGAUGGCCUACCUCGGAUGGUCACAGGGUGCUCAGAUUGCUGUCAACGCUUUUUGCGGUGGUCAGGGUGGCAUCUUUGGCGACGAUGCGCCCAUCCCCGCCGAUGCCGUCAAGGAUGUUGUCGCGAUUGCUAUUUUUGGUGACCCCAGCUUCAACCACACGUCUCCCUACGCCAAGGGCACCAGCACCGCCGAUGGCCUCUUUGUCCGCAAUGGUAUCGGUGCCUGCGCCAGCUUUACCAACAAGAUUGUAUCGUACUGUGACACCGGCGAUGUCUACUGCAGCGCUGGGAAAAACAAGUCGGUGCACGGGCUGUAUCUGGUCAAUUACCCCAAACAGAUGAUGAAUUUUGUCAUUGAUGGGUACAACAAGUCCAAGGGCAACAACACCGGUGGUAGCGGCAACAACACGACAGCGACGACGAUGACGACGACCACUGCCAGUCCCACCAGCAGCGGCGGCGGCAACAGCAACACGAGCCCUACCUCAGGCACCUCGCCCACACCGUCGGCCGGUGGCCAGCAAAACGCCGCCGCUGGUGUGUCGACCGGCCUGAUGUAUGCCGUGCCUGCUGCAUUGGUUGCUGCCGCGCAGAUGCUUCUGUAG